AUGGCAUCUGAAUCAAAAACGCAACCUUCAUUGCUUCCACCUUCGCAUUUACCAAUGAUGAAUUCAAGUGAUUCUUACGAAGAAACAACUCCAGCAGUUUCAAGUAAACCCAAAAAACGAACUCUUCUUCAUCGUCUCUUCGGAAACUUACACGCUGCACCAUUUAAUUACACUGACGAACUCAAGCCUUACUCUGUUAAUGGAUGCAAUGUCAACAAAACUGGAAGAACAAUCUUAACAAAGAAAUAA